UUGACAGUUUGUGUCAAAACAUUUUUGAUCUUGAGCUGCCCAUAGGAAUUAAGAAUAUAAUUUUGCCUCUUGAUUUUAUACUGCAACAAUGGCAGCAAAGCAAGCAAUACAAGUCGGCACAAAAAAUGUGAGGCCAGUGCUUUCUAUCGACCGUGGGGAAGCUAAAGCGAGAGUUUUAAACUUGUACAAGGCAUGGUAUCGUCAAAUUCCUUACGUAGUGAAAGAAUAUGAUAUGCCAAAAUCUGAAGAUCAAUGCCGUGCUAAGCUAAAAGAGUUGUUUUUGAAAAACAAAGAUGUCACUGAUGUCAGAGUCAUUGACAUGCUAGUCAUCAAGGGUCAAAUGGAACUUAAAGAAACAGUGAACAUGUGGAAACAAAAAGGGCACAUUAUGGCCUAUUUUAAACCAACAGAGGAACCAAAACCUAAAGAUUUCCUUUCCAAGUUCUUUUCCAGUAAUGAAUAAACGCAAAUCAAUAUUUAAAAUAAAUAGUUUAAUCUGUACCAUGAUAUAGUAAUAAACCAAAUGUUUCAUGUUAA